AUGUCAUCUUCUGCGCCUCCCGCGAGACCAACCUUCUCAUCCCUUCCCCUAGACCCUGCCGGGCCGCCUGGGAAUGCAUGGGGUUUGUACGGCAAAGAUGACCGCUUGGGGGCGCUGAACCUUCUGACCCCCGCAGUCGUGGCCGCUGCGGCAGCAUCUGAAAUUCGAACCGGCCAACGAGUAUCGCUGGACUGGUCAUUGAACAAUCCCGCUCAGCCAAGUUUUGACCGGGCGCCGUUUGAGUCCAGACUCGUGAAUCGAUCUCAUCCGAGCGGCGAGAAGAGGACGGUGAAUGAUGAUAUCUUGCACUUUAACACGCAAUGUAGCAGCCAGUGGGACGGCUUUAGGCAUUAUGGUACUCAACUCAAGACUGCCAAUAAUGACCAAGGUUACCAGAAAGCCAAGCGAUACUACAACAAUACGACCCAAGAUGACCUGGAUCACCCAGAAAACAUUGCUUGGGUCGAAAAGGGCGGCAUCGUCGGCCGCGGCGUCCUCCUCGACUACGCCAGCUUCUGCGCCCGCCACUCCCUACCCCUCGACGCCUUCACCAGCAGCGACAUCUCCCUCGCCCACCUACAACAGAUCGCCGCCGAGCAAAACAUUACCUUCCGGCCGGGCGACAUCCUCUUCAUCCGCUCCGGGUUCACGGCAGGCUACAACGCCAAAGACGACGCCGCGCAAAAGGCCGUCGCGGCACGCGCCAGCCCAGACUUUCUCGGCCUCGAGCCCACGAAGGACGUGCUCCGCUGGAUAUGGGAGACGGGGUUCGCGGCCGUGGCGGGCGACGCGCCGAGUUUCGAGAGGGCGCCCAUCGCGGGCCAGCAUACGGCUGUCGGCGGCGUGUGGAAGGGUGAGACGUGGGAGGAGGAGAUGCAGGGAGGUGGGUUAUUGCAUCAAUGGCUACUGGGAGGUUGGGGGUUGCCCAUUGGGGAGAUGUUUGAUCUCGAGGCUCUGAGUUCGACGUGUCAGGAGCUGGGAAGAUGGACGUUUUUCGUGAGCAGUGUGCCGCUCAAGGUUCCGGGUGGUGUUGCUAGCCCUCCCAACGCCGUUGCCAUCUUCUGA